UUGAAAUGAUGCAAUUUGUUCUCCCCUCAGCUUCACUGAAACUGCUUGCAAACAUAAAAUUUAAACAGAUCCUCCUGCUCCCGCAUUCCAAUUUCUAACCCUCGUACCAACAUUCCUCUUCUUUUCCAAUGGCUCCGAGACGACGCUCUAUCAAGAAAGGCGAAACGCGAAUGGACGCAGCCCUCGACGCCAUGGAGCCCUUCGGCUUCUCUCGCAACCUCAUCCAAAGCACCGUUCACACCCUCCUCAAAGUUUAUGGGGGCAGCACCGAAGGCUGGGUCUUCAUCGAAGACUCUGGUUACGCUCUCCUUAUCGACACGCUUCUUGAGAAACAAGCCAAUUCUUCACCCCGGGAUAAUAUGAUAGAGGCUAAUCCAGGAGAUGGUCCCGAUGAGGUAACACCUGCCCGAUGCUCAGAAAGUGCCCUUAUGCCUUGCUUUAAAACACAAAUUUCUGAUGAUACACCAUUAACUAAUCAGGCCAUGGACACUGCAUCGGCAGCCAGUGAAAGUGAUUAUGAACUUUCCAGCAACGGUGUGUAUACUGUAUCAGCAGCAACAAGUGAACUUGGUACUGAACUCCCCAGCAAGGGUGUGGAAACUGUAUCAGCAACAAGUGAACUUGGUAGUCUACUUCCCCUCAAGUCUGUAGACAUUUCAUCAGUAACCAGUGACCUUGGUAGUUAACCUUUUAUCAAGGCUGCCAUCAAAGAAGAAAAAGAAUAUGAGUGUCAUUCAGCAUGAAAUUUGUCUUUGGUCGAAAACCAUGGAUCAAAGUCCCAACAACUAGUGACGAAGCGUAGUCACCGUAAGCGUAAACCCUGCUAUGGCUGGAUUAGUGAUGACGACGAAGAGCUAAUAGUUUUACCUCUCGCUCCGCUGUCAAUUGCAUUUACACCUUAAAGAAAAAGGGGUAAAUUAGUGUAAAAUCAGGAUCGGGUGUUACAUAUAGGUAGUAGAAGAGGACUACCCUCUUCUAAAAUGAAGAAUAUAAUUUUAGUCGUUGAUAUUAAAGUAAUUAUGUUCAUCUAAAACAGCACAGGGUAUUGCGUAUAUGUUGAAGAAGAGUUGACCUGACAGGGGAUGAGCUAGUCCACAUUGGUAGUUUUAUUUUUGGGUGAAUACUAAAUACAUUAUACAAGUUAUAUGAUAUAAGAUUCACAUACUUGAGUUGACAA